UUUUACUUUUGUCUUUCUUUACAAUUUAAAAAGAACCAGUUCACAGCAUACUCUUACACACACGCACACACACUAUAUAUCAUGUCCGGAUUCAAUAUUGCAACACCAUCCAUGGCCACACCUGCCGUGCCACAAACACCUUCUGUGCCAACCCCUUUACAACAACCAACCACACCAUUCGCCCUUCCUUCCACACCCGCACCUGCCGAUGCGCCCACUCCUAGCAAUAACAAUAGUAACAACCCUUAUGCUGUGGCUGGCAUCACUCCCAUUCUACAAAAUAUUGUGGCAACUGUCAAUCUGGAUUGUCGUUUGGACCUGAAAACCAUUGCUUUGCAUGCUCGCAAUGCGGAAUACAAUCCAAAGCGUUUCGCAGCAGUGAUUAUGCGUAUUCGUGAACCAAAGACGACGGCGUUGAUCUUUGCGUCGGGCAAGAUGGUGGUGACGGGAGCGAAAUCAGAGGAUGAUUCCAAACUGGCAGCACGCAAAUACGCUCGUAUCAUCCAGAAGCUUGGCUUCCCCAGCAAAUUCACUGAUUUCAAGAUUCAAAACAUUGUGGGCUCGUGUGAUGUGCGGUUCCCGAUUCGACUUGAAGGAUUGGCCUAUUCGCACGGACACUUUAGCUCCUAUGAACCUGAACUGUUCCCUGGUCUGAUCUAUCGUAUGGUCAAGCCAAAGAUCGUGCUGCUGAUCUUCGUGUCUGGCAAGAUUGUGCUCACGGGUGCCAAAGUGCGUGAGGAAAUCUACCAGGCUUUCCAGGCUAUAUACCCUGUGCUUCUCGAGUUCCGAAAGCCUUAAAAAAAGCAGCCAUCAAUCAAUAUAACGCCGUCAUCAUCCAUGCCAUCCCAUGCCAUCCCAAUCCUAUUCUCUACUUGAUCUUCAUACACUACACUCUACUCUACUCAAGCCACAUCACCAUCCAUUGUCCAUUGCAAAAAAAAAAAGUAAGAAAAAGCCCAACCCUGUAAUAUAGUAUAGCUCUCUCUCUUUUCUCUCCUCACCUUUCGUCAUAUAGCCUUUUUAUUACUUAUACAUAUCCGUCUUUCAAAAGAAGAAGAAAAAAAGUUAAUGAUAGUAUUUGCACAUAUAAAACCAAAUAAAUAGUCAUACACACCAUCAGCGCCAUUUGAGCGAAAAAGAACAACGCGUAAUGACCAUUAAAGUAAGGGGGGCCGGUGUGCACAGACCAAGG